GCCAAGCAGCCGCAAGUCCGACGUCUAAACGGCUUUUUUAGUUGCUCCCGAAACGCACGUGCAAAAGUGCAACUGCUCCGCUCCGCGCCCGUCGCUCUCGCUUUCGUUCGCUCACCGCGCUCCACUCGCUCUGUCUCUGUCCGUUUCAUUGGCAAAGUGUAAAGUGCAAAGCUAGCAACGGCGACGCCGACGCCGACGACGCAGCGGCUCAGCAUCAGCUCAGUUCAGCUCAGCCCCAGCUAAGCUCCACUCGAGGCAACGCGACUCAAGCCAACUCAGUUCAGCUCCGACCGCAGACCACGAAGUCAGUCUUAGUCGUACCCUCCAGCGCAGCGCAAGUGUCUCCGCGAUCUCCGCUCGGCUACCGCGAUUCCACACACACACACGGUGAAGAUAUUGCCCUUGCAGACCAUCAUCCGAGUGGCCCUUGUCGUCGCGCCCGCGUUCGUGUCCUAAGUCUUUCGUUUGUCCAGAGCAAUCCCAGCCAAGCUUAAGUGGAUUACGACGAAAUUGUGUGCAAACACCAGCGAACGCAAACCCACUUAGAACGCGCACUCAAUGUGUGCCCGCAACACAUAAGCCACAGCCGCACAUCCAGUUGGGCAUUGCAAAAGAUCGGUGUUAGCCAGUGUUCGCCCGGCAGCGAAGUAAAAGUAAACGCUUAACAAAGUAACUAGCAUUAGACAAAGGCAAAUAAAAAUUAAAGAAAUAGGCAAAGGUACAGACACCGCCACAGCCACAGCCACAAGCGCUAACGCAAAUAAAGCAACACCCACCAGCGGCGCUGAGCGAUUUCGACAAAUAAAAUGCUGAUAUCAACCAUUUCCACAGACUCCGCAAUGGCGGCCACAAACAACGAUGGCGGCACACAGCCCAAUGCCGUGGCUGCUUGGGGCGCUCCUGCCAACGGUCCCCGGAACACACAGGCGGCCGUGUCCGUGCGACAUGCCUUCAAGGCGUACGGCAAGAAGAAGAACGCCAACCAAGUGCUGAACAACCUGAACAUGACAGUGCCCAAGGGAACGAUCUAUGGCCUUCUGGGAGCCUCGGGAUGUGGCAAAACCACCCUGCUUUCCUGCAUUGUGGGUCGUCGUUACCUGGACUCUGGCGAGAUCUUUGUGCUGGGCGGUAAGCCAGGCACUCGGGGAUCAGGUGUUCCUGGAAAACGCGUGGGCUACAUGCCCCAGGAGAUUGCCUUGUAUGGAGAGUUUUCCAUCCAGGAAACCAUGAUGUACUUUGGCUGGAUUUUCGGCAUGGAGACCAAGGAGAUCAUGGAGCGUCUGCAGUUUCUGCUCAACUUUCUGGAUCUGCCCUCGGAGAAGCGCCUGGUGAAGAACCUGAGUGGUGGCCAGCAGCGCAGAGUGAGCUUCGCCGUGGCCCUGAUGCACGAUCCCGAGCUGCUGAUUCUCGAUGAGCCCACCGUGGGCGUGGAUCCUCUGCUGCGCCAGAGCAUCUGGAACCAUCUGGUGCACAUCACCAAGGCCGGCCAGAAGACGGUCAUCAUCACAACACAUUACAUUGAGGAGGCGCGACAGGCGCAUACGAUUGGUCUCAUGCGAUCGGGUCACUUGCUGGCCGAGGAAUCCCCAAGCGUCCUGCUCUCUAUGUACAAGUGCAUCAGCCUGGAGGAAGUGUUCCUCAAGCUGUCUCGCAUCCAGAGCCAGAAGGGCGAUGUAACCCACGUGAACUUCAGUAACAACAUCUCGUUGCACGCCAUGGCCUUCGGCAGCAAGAUGGACAAGCCCAGCUCCAGCCAGGAAGGCGGUGUUGUGGGUCUCAACUUCCACCAGAGCAAGGAGGUGCUCAUCAACGACAGCAACGGCUCGAUCUACACGCUCAACCAGGAGCCAUACAGCCCGCCGCCGUCGCGGCGCAACAACAACCCCAAUGAUGAGGAGAGCUGCCAGGACUGCUAUGCCAGCCUGUGCAAGGUCACCUCCAAGGGCAAGAUCCGCGCCUUGCUGACCAAGAACAUGCUCCGCAUGUGGCGCAACGUAGGCGUAAUGCUGUUCAUCUUUGCCCUGCCCGUCAUGCAGGUGAUCCUCUUCUGUCUGGCCAUCGGACGCGAUCCACAGGGCCUUAACCUGGCCAUAGUCAACGGGGAGAUGAACGACACGGUAGGGGAACACUGCUAUUGGGAGGAUGGUUGCCACUUCAAGAACCUGGGCUGUCGCUAUCUGAAUCAUCUGAACACGAGCGUUGUUAAAACAUAUUACACGGAUCUAGAGGACGCCAAGGAGGCAGUGCGGAUGGGCAACGCCUGGGGAGCCGUGUACAUCAGCGAAAACUUUACGGAUGCCUUUAUCGCACGCUCUAAUCUGGGGCGCGACGCCGACGAUGAGACCAUCGACUCCUCGGAGGUCAAGGUUUGGCUGGACAUGUCCAAUCAGCAGAUCGGCGUCAUGCUCAACCGCGACAUCCAGCUGGCCUUCCGUGACUUCGCCAUGGGGCUGCUCGGACAGUGCAACUACAAUCCCAAGCUUGGCGACGUGCCCAUUCAGUUCAGGGAGCCCAUCUAUGGCACCAUGAAUCCCUCGUUCACCGAUUUCGUUGCACCUGGCGUGAUCUUGACCAUUGUUUUCUUCUUGGCUGUUGCCUUGACGUCAUCGGCUCUGAUCAUCGAACGUACCGAGGGCUUGCUGGACCGCUCCUGGGUGGCUGGCGUCUCGCCCGGCGAGAUCCUCUUCUCGCACGUGAUCACCCAGUUCGUGGUGAUGUGCGGACAGACCACCCUGGUGCUGAUCUUCAUGCUGGUAGUGUUCGGCGUGACCAACAACGGCGAUCUCUUCUGGGUGAUUGUGCUGACGCUGCUGCAGGGUAUGUGUGGCAUGUGCUUUGGUUUCCUCAUCUCCUCCGUGUGCGAACUGGAGCGAAACGCCAUUCAGCUGGCGUUGGGCUCCUUCUACCCCACUCUGCUGCUGUCCGGCGUGAUCUGGCCCAUCGAGGGCAUGCCCGUGGUGCUGAGAUACAUCUCGCUGUGCCUGCCGCUGACGCUGGCCACCUCCUCGCUGCGCUCCAUCCUGACGCGCGGCUGGGCGAUAUUUGAGUCCGAUGUGUACAUCGGCUACCUGAGCACGCUCUCCUGGAUCCUGGGCUUCCUGAUCCUGACCCUUCUCGUGCUGCGCGCCAAGCGGGGCUAAGGGACCAGCCUACUUUUAGAAGCGUACUUUAGAUUGCGAUUAGUCGUCCUAGUUAGUUACCCCCCUACUUCGGCUUCACCUCCCCCAGCUUCCGACCCCCUGUCGUAUCCUGCGAGCCCCCGAUAUCCCUGUCUUCUGCCUAAAUGUCAUAAAUUAUUUAAGCACAUACGCAGCUUUCCUUAGCUUCCUACUCGGCACUCCCUCCUAGGCUAAGAUUCACACAUUUCGUAGUUUAAAGCGUAAGGUUUAGGUACCUAAAUGAAUUGUUUGUAAAUAUUUUGUGUCACGAAUUAUUCAGUAAUUUGUUGCUAGAUGUCCAUUACGUGCAACUCUGUUCUAGACCCUCUUGACUCCGAAACGGGCGAUUUAUCACACACAACUUAUUUUAUAUAUUUUUCAAUGGACUGUGAUUGUUUUUUUUUUACAUAUUGCACGCGAACGCACGUUGGCAAGCCUAAAGAAAAACAAAAAGAAAACACAAGAAAAUCGAACAAAAAGAAUGGUGGGUUUUGUUAGUAACAUUAAGUAGCUUAAAGCAUUUUUUGUAUGGGUUUAAGUUUUUUAAGGUAAAACAUAAUUAAAUACAAUAAUGUACCCCUACCCUAAAGAUUAUGUAAAAAGAGUAUAUAUUUCAGGAAAUAUUAUGCAUCGCAUAGGUAUUUCGCAACGAACUAAAACAAGAGCAAAAUGAACAACGAAAAAGUUAGUGGACGUUCUUAUUUAAGUAAAUCAUUAACUAUGUGAACGCAGUUAUGUAUAAAUAACAAUAAAAUCUAAAUAAAGAAAAA